AUGGGUCCCUUCUCCCUAUUGUUAAGGGUACUCCUUUUAACCUUGGCGACGAUCUCCCACCACAAUGGUUUCGUUUUCGCUCAAACAAUAGGAUGCAACCGAACAGUCAAAGCCAAGGCCGGAGACACCUGUGCCACAAUCGCGGCUGCCAACGGGAUAACCGUCUCGCAGUUCCUCCAGUCCAACCCCGGCGUGACCAGUUGCUCACAGCUCACGGUUGGAUACGACUACUGCGUGGAAGGAACAUUCGGCACCGAUCCACCUGCGCCGACGGGUCCAGCUAAUACAGUCAGUAUUGACGGCACUUGCGGGAAAGGCGUUACUUUCCGGGCCUUCGUCAACUUCGGCGCCGCCGGUUACUUCACCCCCUACUGGGCCGGGGGAGCCGUGUGGGACGGUGACGGUUACGACUAUUGCUUCGUAUAUCUCGGUGACUACGAGGACGGCGACGUCGGUUACGACCGCCACUGCGACAGUUUCGGCAACGGCUACAAUUACCACAACGGCAACGGCAACGUCAGUGGUUACGACUACGGCUGGUGGAACGACGGCUACGAGGACGGUGACUGCCACGGCAACGGCUACGUCGACGAUCACGGCUACCGCGACUACUGCCAUUACGCAAACAUCGGUGAUACUGACGACGUCGACGAAUAUUGUCAUCAUCACGGUUCCAGCGACAGUCACUGCUACUUCAACAUUGACAAGGACAGCUACUACGGGGGUUACUCAGACCUCCCUACCACGGGCGCUACCCGCACCGUGACUUCAGUGAUAGUGACAACCUCGACAAGCAUCAUUAACGUAACCAACACCAUCCCGGUUACAGCCACGGUACCCGUCACUGCAACCACCAUCACCACAGUCAUAACAACCCGGACAGCAACCAACACCGUCCCUAUUACCAACACCAUCCCCAUCACCGCAACCGCAACGACAACCGUGACAGCAACCUCCUACACCGGCAUAACCCGCACCUCGGUGAUCCUCACCACAUCGACCAACAUAAUCGACACCACCAACACCGUGACCCUAACCAAGAUCAACACCCUCACCACCACAGUCCCCGUCUACGUCACCAGUACCCAAACAAAGCCCGUAACCGCCACAAUCCCAGUUUACAUCACCAACACCAAACAAGUCACCGCCACAAUCACCGCGACAUCAACAACCUACAGCUACUCCAUCGCCACUCUAACCACCAUCCUCACCGAAACCCAGACGUCAACGAGUGUGAAGACGUUGACGAGUACGCGACUGACGCAGAUUACUAGCACGUCUAUCGACACCUUGACUUCAAUCAUCUAUACGACAGCGACUGCUACCAAGACUGUGACGGACACCAAGACGCCGCCGGCUGUGACGACUAGUAUCACAGUGACGAAACCGGGACAGGUGACGACUGUGACGGCGACGGUGACGAGUACCGUGACUGCGGCACCGGGUGGUGGUGGGAAUGGGAAUGCGCCUGGGCCGGUGGUGCCGGGGACGAGCAAGACUUGCAAGGCAUAUGAUAAGAUUGUCAACGACGAUAAUUGUAGGGAUAUUGCUAAUCGGAAUGGGUUGUUGUUGUUGGAUUUCUACAAACUUAAUCCAAGUAUCGACUGCGAUAACUUGUGGGCGGGAUACUACGUCUGUACGAGGGCGUAG